AUGGGUUUUGUGACUACAGAUGCUAUCCAUCUGCUGUGCCCCCUCUACGGGAGGACAACCCGGACAGACCGAAGAGACAGAGCCAAUGCUGCUCUGCUGUGUGGUUAUGCUGCUAAGCUGUGUGGUUAUGCUGCUAAGCUGUGUGGUUAUGCUGCUAAGCUGUGUGGUUAUGCUGCUAAGGUGUGUGGUUAUGCUGCUAAGGUGUGUGGUUAUGCUGCUAAGCUGUGUGGUUAUGCUGCUCUGCUGUGUGGUUAUGCUGCUCUGCUGUGUGGUUAUGCUGCUAAGCUGUGUGGUUAUGCUGCUCUGCUGUGUGGUUAUGCUGCUCUGCUGUGUGGUUAUGCUGCUAAACUGUGUGGUUAUGCUGCUAAGGUGUGUGGUUAUGCUGCUAAGGUGUGUGGUUAUGCUGCUAAGGUGUGUGGUUAUGCUGCUAAACUGUGUGGUUAUGCUGCUAAACUGUGUGGUUAUGCUGCUAAACUGUGUGGUUAUGCUGCUAAACUGUGUGGUUAUGCUGCUAAGCUGUGUGGUUAUGCUGCUAAACUGUGUGGUUAUGCUGCUAAACUGUGUGGUUAUGCUGCUCUGCUGUGUGGUUAUGCUGCUCUGCUGUGUGGUUAUGCUGCUAAACUGUGUGGUUAUGCUGCUAAGGUGUGUGGUUAUGCUGCUAAGGUGUGUGGUUAUGCUGCUCUGCUGUGUGGUUAUGCUGCUAAACUGUGUGGUUAUGCUGCUAAGCUGUGUGGUUAUGCUGCUAAGCUGUGUGGUUAUGCUGCUCUGCUGUGUGGUUAUGCUGCUAAACUGUGUGGUUAUGCUGCUAAGCUGUGUGGUUAUGCUGCUCUGCUGUGUGGUUAUGCUGCUAAACUGUGUGGUUAUGCUGCUAAACUGUGUGGUUAUGCUGCUAAGGUGUGUGGUUAUGCUGCUAAGGUGUGUGGUUAUGCUGCUAAGCUGUGUGGUUAUGCUGCUAAGGUGUGUGGUUAUGCUGCUAAGCUGUGUGGUUAUGCUGCUAAACUGUGUGGUUAUGCUGCUAAACUGUGUGGUUAUGCUGCUAAACUGUGUGGUUACACUGCACCUCUGUUUGCUCAGGAAACUACUACUUUAAUAUGUCAACAACUUCAAUUUGGCAAUGUAUCAACAACUCUCUCAAAGAUGGCAAUAUAACAACAAGUCAUAGAUGGCAUUAUACCAACAAUUUAAAGUUGGCUAGAUACAGACAGUGUAACAGAGGCGGUUCGGAACCAGGCUUUCGUGAUGAGUAACUUGGUUCCGAAACCAGAAGACUUGUGUUGGCCCCUUCAGCUAAUGGCCAGGCUUUAGCUCAGCGGGCUAAUACAGUCUUGCGGUGCAUAGGGAAGCCCAGUUGGUCACAUAUACAUCAAUAACUUCAAUUAAAGACGGCAAUACAUCCCUGGCAGCAAGUUUGAAAUCUAUCAGUUGACCAGAUGAAGUGAGUUAGACAGAUUGUACACUGUAUCAACUGCUCUUUAUGCAGUUACUUUUUAUAUUGACUCCCUUUUAAUGAGUUGUUAUAAACACAAUUAAUAUACAAUAUGCUACAGUACUUCCAAUUAUUCUAUAAGUAUUUUUCAUUGUUCCAUUUUCCCUCCGGUUAAAGAAAAAAAUCUAGUCCAACAAAUAAUGAAUGUAGUUGACAUCAAACUUGAGAAAUCAAACUGAAGAAAAAAAAGAAACUAAAAUAACAUUAUACCACCUUUUUAGUGCAUUCUCACUGUUACACCCACUGUCAUAUUAUGCAUGGCACGGUGUGCAAGGGUUGAAGAACAAUCAAACAGAAGCAACAACACUGACCACUGCAAAUAUAACAGGAAGGAUCAUAUAAACUGACAUGGCAUUCCCUCUACAUACUAAUGCUAUGUAAAUGCUAUGUAAAUGCUAUGUAAAUGCUAUGUAAAUACUAUGCCUUUGAAUAUGUGGUUCUGGUCGUGCAUGACUAGAUGUAUUAUAAUAAUAAUAAUGCGAGAUGUGAAGUAAAUAGAUUUGAGAUGUGUUCUCAUCAACGAUGAUAUUCUAGAACUGGAAGAAAUGUAAUAUUUAACAGUCCUUUCGAUUGUAUUUGUUGUGGUAGAUGUUGGUUGCUAGUAUAUAAUUGUGGUAUAUAUUUCAGUAUCAAUAUAUGUAUUGUAUAUGAUCUUUGUGCUUUUUAUUUGGACUGUUAGUGCAUUUUGUUGAUACAUAUUGAAUAUGUGUAGGGUAAGUAAGUCUUGUAUACGGUGCAUGAAGUUAAACUAUCAUACAAAUAGCUGGUCCUCUGAAUAACUGUUACAGUCAAAAAUGUAAAUGCAUUCAUCUUGAUCAUUCCCAACUAUUCCUAAACAGCUGGAUAGUAUCUAAUUAUCACAUGCUUUGUAUUACAGUACUAUUUGAAGUAGAAAUAAACAAUUAUUUAUAGCAUUGAUCCCCCAAAAAUUGGAAUGGGGAAAAUAUGAGGGAAAAUAUGAUGACUUCGGAUCCCCAACAUGAAUAAAUACUGCAGUUUUUACAAUAAAUAAAUUAUUAUACAGAUGCUUUCUUAGUCCCACAUACACAACCACUCUAAAAGGUAUCAUUACACAAACAUGAUACAAACUGGCACAUUCUAAUAAUUCAUGUCCUCAAAAACCCUCUCUAUCUAAGGGUAUGCUACCCAUUACAUCACCACUUUUACAGCUCUGACAGCUAACACCUAACAUUCCUUUACAUCACACUGCUCUUCUCCUCUCUUCUCCUCCUCUCUUCUCCUCUCUUCUCCUCUCUUCUCCUCCUCCCUUCUCUCUUCUCCUCUC